GCAUCAUUCUUAUUUUUAAUAACCUAUAUAAUAUAGUAGUAACAUCUUGCCAAAGCACAAGUCAAGUUUACCAACAAAAAUAGUCUUGUUUGCAUUGAAAAUUGCAUGAAAUAGCUACAGGGACGCGAGGUCUUCCAGAAGUUUUAAUGGCAGAGUUUGCUAAAGCUCAGCUACAAAAAUACGGAUGGAUCGAGGGCAAAGGUCUUGGAAAGAAUGAGAAUGGCAUAACGCAGGCCCUAAAGCCUCAACUCAAGUUUGACACGAGUGGAGUCGGCCACAAAGAUUCGGAUUAUCAGUGGUGGAGCUCCGUUUACAACAAAGCUGCAAGUAACAUAGUGCUGGAGCAAAAAGCCGACCAAGUGUCGAUCAGUGUAGCUGACAAAAACGCUGUGAAUAUCUCUUCCAAAGAGGGUCCAGCAAUCGAAAAAGCUUCCCUCUACCACGGAAACUUCCUAAAGACCUCUACUUUGCAAGAUGGAAAUCUCAUUAAAGACAGCACUUGCCAAAGUCUUCCUGAUAAAGAAGAAAAAGAAUCUAGUGAUCCAUUCCAAAAGCUGACAGACGAGGAGCUGUUUAAGGCCUGUGGUGGCCGGACAGCGCACAAAGGGGCGAGGCAUGGUCUAACUUUGAGCGGAAAACUCAGCAGGAUAGCUGAGCAGGAGGAACAGUUUCUUGCCAAUGGUGGAUUGAAGUCUUGCAAAAAAGGCUUACCAAAGGACAAGAGAGACAAAAAGAAAAAUAAGCACACCAUGAAUAGUAAUAGUCCUUCUACAGAUGCCAAAAACUGUAACGAUUUGAUACUGCCUGUGCAACCUAUUUAUGUAAAUGAAAAUUAUGUACCUACAAAAAGGGCUAUUAGGAGAAAUAAGAGAAAAAUGCGUACUCUAGUUCGUCAAUUGAAUACUACGUGUAUAAUACAGAAUGACAAUGCUGUUGGAGAUGAUGGGGAAAAUUCCACUCAAGAUACCAGCAAAGACGGUACAUUGAAAAAAUGCAAGAAGAAGACUAAGAAAAUACAAGGCGUUAGCGACACUUCGGCUGCCUGUCUGUUGGACGAUGAUAUCACAAUGGAACCAAUCGCCAAAAAAAAAAAGGAAAAUAUCGAUUCGUCAUCUUCUACAAUGAACAGCUCGUGUGAUACCGCAGAUUCUAAUCACAUUUGUAAAAACUGUGACCCAUUUUACGAUUAUCAUAAAAAACAGUAUGAAAAAUUUAAAAAUGGCGCUCUCCUUAGAAACCUAAAAAAAAGUAAAAAAAUAAUGUCAAAGAAAGAAUUUAUGCACCACCAACAAAAUGAAAAUUGGAGCACAGCUAAAAAAGGAAAAAAAUUGAAUUCAAGAAGUGCCAAAUUGAAAAAAAAAGAAAUACAGAAACAAGAAAAGAAGAAGAAGCUAAAAAAUCUCAUUCGACCAGCUAAAUUGAAAAUUGAAUCGUUAGUUCAACAUAUUGAUGAAGCUUUAGUAAAACUUACUAAAAUAAAUAUUGGAGAUUAAAGACUCUUCUUGCAUUUAAACAUGUUGAAAUAAUGCUAUUUGUUUGACUAGCAGCCAUCAAUAAAUAAAGUAAUAAUAUUUGUACAUAUUCUAUGUAUGAUAUCUGGAAUGUAUCGUCGUUUUGAUAUUACCUAGUAUUGAUGAUAUUUAAACGGCAUGAAGGACAUUUUGUCUUACCUUACAGCAAAACAAUAAAUUUUGUAAUUCACAAAAAACACAUAAACAAUUUACAAGUUUGGUGAAGACUUUUUUGUAA